AUGUUGCAUUCCAGAAGAAAUGUGUCAGUAUUUAUGUGUAUGGUUCAUUUUUCUUAUCUUUAGAAGUCUGGGAAACCGAUCACCAGAAAGAAAGGAGCCAAGAAAACCAGCGUAAGCCUGUGUGGGAAGUUGCACGCAUCAGUAACAAAACACUGGCCAAGGAGCAAGGUAUUCUAAUAGGAAAACCAUUUAACCUGGACACAAAUUCGUUUUCUUGCCGAGAAACCCUCUGUCAGUGUGAUUCAUGUGGAAUGAGUUUCAGCUGUAUUUCAGAAUUGUGUAUCAAUAAGAAAAGACAUUUAGGAAAACAGAAUGAUGCAUUUGAUGCCUGUGGAAAAUUGCUACUCAGUAUUAAAUGUGAGAAAACUCCUAGUGAGCAAAGUGAUUUUUGUAAAAAUGGGGGAACUUUCAGUCUUGAUGAGAACCCCGUUGGUCAUGAGAAGAUUCAAAGUGCAGAGCAAAAUUUGGAAUAUAACAUGUAUCAAGAAACUUUCCCUGAAAAGGCAAUAUUGAGUACAUACAAGAGAGAGAUGACUGAAGAGAAUGACUCUGAAUGUCUUGAAUAUGGGAGAAGUUUUUUUCAUAACUCCUCCUUCCAGUUACCUCACAUGGAUGCUUCCAAGGAAAAUCACUGUGGAUUUGGUGGUUGUGGGAAGUCUUUAUGUUUGAAGUCUAGCCUUUUGAAACCCGAUGGAGCACCUACGAAACACUCUGAGUGUCAUGAGAGUGGGGAUCGUUUCAGGGAUGACUCAUGCCUUUCACAACUUCAGAAAACACAUAAAGGAGGGAAACACUACGAAUGUAAUGAAUGUGGGAAAGCGUUUUGGCACAAGUCCCACCUCACUCGACAUCAAAGGACACACACGGGAGAGAAACGCUUUCAGUGUAAUGAAUGUGGAAAACCCUUUUGGGAGAAGUCAGACCUCCUGAAACAUCAGAGAUCACACACAGGAGAGAAGCCCUAUGUGUGCAAUGAAUGUGGGAAAGCCUUCAGCCACAAGUCAACCCUCACGGUACACCAGAGAAUUCACACAGGGGAGAAACCCUAUCAAUGUAGCACAUGUGGGGAAGCUUUUUACCAGAAGUCAGACCUCACCAAACACCAGAGAACACACACAGGGCCGAAACCUUAUGAAUGCUAUGAAUGUGGGAAAUCCUUCUGGAUGAAUUCUCACCUUAUAGUGCAUCAGAGAAUUCAUACAGGGGAGAAACCAUUUGAAUGUCCUGACUGUAGGAAAUCUUUCCGUCAGAAGUCUUAUCUUACACAGCAUCAGAGAACUCACUUAGGGGAUAAGCCCUACAAAUGUAAUGCAUGUGGGAAAACUUUCUACCACAAGUCAGUACUCACCAGGCAUCAGAAAAUUCAUACUGAGUUGAAACCUUACGAAUGUUUUGAAUGUGGGAAAACCUGCUUGAAUUCUGACCACACAGGGCAUCAGAGAAUUCACAGGGGGGAGAAACCUUUUGCGUGUCGUGAAUGCGGGAAAUUCUUCAGCCGUAAAUCUACCCUCUCUGAACAUUGUAGGACACAUACAGGGGAGAAACCCUUUGAGUGUCACGAAUGUGGAAAAAUCUUCUAUAAUAAAUCGUCCCUAAGUAAACAUAAUAGGAUACACACAGGGGAGAAACCCUACGGGUGUAAUGAAUGUGGGAAAGCUUUCUGCCAGAAGUCUCAGCUCACUCAGCACCAGAGAAUCCACAUAGGUGACAAACCCUAUGAGUGUAACGAAUGUGGAAAGGCUUUCUGUCAUAAGUCAGCUCUAAUUGUGCACCAGAGAACUCAUACAAAAGAAAAGCCCUAUAAAUGUAAUGAAUGUGGGAAAUCUUUCUGUGUGAAGUCAGGACUAACUUUACACCAGAGAAAACACACAGGGGAGAAACCCUAUGAAUGUAACGAAUGUGGAAGGGCUUUCUGUGAUAAGUCAGCUCUAAUUGUGCACCAGAGAACUCACACAGGGGAAAAGCCCUAUAAAUGUAAUGAGUGUGGGAAAUCUUUCUGUGUCAGAUCAGGACUUAUUGUACAUCUGAGAAAACACACAGGGGAGAAACCUUAUGAGUGUAACGAAUGUGGGAAAUCCUUCAGUCAGAGAUCAUCCCUCAGAGUUCAUUAUAGGGCUCACACAGGGGAGAAAUCUUGUCAGUGUAAUGAAUGUGGGAAAAUUUUUUACCGUAAAUCAAAUCUUGUUAACCAUCAGAGGUCACACACAGGCGAAAAGCCCUAUGAAUGUAACACAUGUGGAAAAACCUUUUCUCAGAAGUCAAACCUCCUUGUACAUCAGAGAACCCACACAAGAGGAAAACCUGAUGAUUGCAGUGGGUGUUAGGAAUGUUGAUCUGUGGCUGAGCAGCUGCUAUGCUUCUGAGCACUCACUCUGUGGAGGAACCAGUGGUGACAUCCUGAAUGUUGAGUAACCUUUGUCCACAAACUGGCCUUAUUUUACCCGAAGUAGACUGCAACACACACAGGACAGUAUAUUAAGUAAUAUUCCGUUCAAUGUUCUCUAGUAAAUGUGGGCAUAAAUCCUUGCAGAUUUCUUGAUUCUUUGUAAGGAUUUUUUUUUGUUUUUAAGCAAAAAUACAAACUAGGUUAUUUCAGAAAAUCUUUCAAUUGAGACCUACAGCUUGAGUGUUGUCUUUAGAAGUAAUAUUACAUUGGAAAUUGUCUUGUGGCUUUGAUGCCAUAUUUGUCUUCAGGAAAUGAGAAGUUGUAUUUCAGGUGAGUAUUGCGCAGUGUUCAAACAAACAAAACUAGUAAACUGAGAGAAUAAACUUAAAAGAAGUUCCAGUAAUACAUAGAAUUCUCAUGUGCCCUUCCCCGAGCUUCCUGUAAAGAUAUCUUACAUAACCAAGGUAUAUUCUCAAGCAAAAAUGUGGACGGUACCAUACUGCUGAGUCACAGUCAUUGACACUUCAGCAGUUUUUACAUGCACUUUGUGUGUAUGUGAAGUUUACAAAAUGUUGUCACUUACAGUGUGAGUACGCGUCAACACAGGCUACAAAAUCAAAAAAGAAUCUCUAAUCUGUAUUGCAUUAGGAUUACAAAGGAAUCAGGAUUUCACAGAGGAAGUUUCCAUUUGUUAAUAACCAUACCCUUUCUGCAACCCUAAUCCUGGCAACUCAUGUGAAUAUGAAGCUUUUAAAAACCAGAGAUAAAUUGAAUAAUUCGGGCAACACCGUUAAAUGCUUAUGUGACCUAUCCCUUAAGUUUACAGGACUCCUGGAUCUACAAAUGAUCUCUUCUUUAAACUGUGUCUGUUCCCCAUAUGCAUAGUGAAAGUUAGUAUGAUUGUGAAUCAAAAAUAGACCCUCCUACUUCAGUUGUUAAAAUAUUAGGCACAUCUCCCAUGUAUGUCGAGGCCUAGAGGAACCUGUGGAAAGGAGGCCGACAAAGCUAACAUGUAACCAUUUAUAAUACAUAAAUCAAAAUAACAAAAUGGAAAAUAAAA